AUGUUUUCGCGGUUUAAAAACGGCGUCGCGUCUCCAGAUGCGCAGCUUGCCGUGGGCGAGGUGAAGCUGCCCGACCCGGUGACCCAGCUAUAUCAAGACGUCGAGCGCGUUGCAUACUGGUUCCUGCGCAACUUCUCGGUGGCUAUCCCGGCCGACCAGCGGCAUGACCUGCUUCCACACUUCAGGCACUACCUGGGGUGGUGUUACCGAAUGGUGGACAUGGUGAGCCGAAGUGAGCAACCCAAGGUGCCGGCCGUGAGCAACUACGACACCCGCCAGUGCGUCGACGCCAUAUUGACCCGGUAUGAGAGCCGCAAGGACGUUCGCUUCGUUCAAGUUAUUGCCUACCGCUACCCUGGCCUCAACGUCCUCGAGGUCGGAGCGGGCACGAGAGCCACGACGAUCCCCGCGUUGCGUGAACUUGGCGAUGCAUGCGCCUCGUACACGUUCACCGAAAUCUCCAGCGGAUUCUUCAUAGCAGCAGAGGAACUGUUCGAGAAGGAGGCUGGCAGCAUGGUCUUCAAGACUUUUGACAUGGAGAAGGAACCGAUGAAACAGGGCUUCGUCGAGGGCUCAUACGAGGUGGUCAUUGCUGUCAACGUGCUGCAUGUCGCGGGAGACCUGGAGACUUCCCUGUCUAACGUGCGUCGACUCUUGAAGCCUGGCGGAUUUCUUGUCGUGGGCGAGUUUACAUACACGAACCGGCUCUUUAGCGGCAUGACGGUUGGGACACUACCUGGCUGGUGGAUUGGCGCCGAGAAUGGCCGCCCAUGGGUUCCGCUGCUCACGCUGGGCUGA